AUGAAGCCUGUUAAUUUGGCUAUUGGCUUUUGUCUUGCAACCAAUUAUGUACAUGGUUACCCUACAGUACUUGACAAGAGAAAUCUACUUUUAGAUGGUUUUGCCAACUUAUUCAAUUCUUCUGGGGAUUUAAAUGCUUCAAUAUCCGAGGGUAUAUUUCAAGACGUCAAAGACCUUGGGGGUAUAAUUCUGUCGUUGGAUUUAAUGAUUGAAUCGGUAGUGGACACUUCAGAGAUCCAUGGAAUUUCCGGUGCUUUCAAUUACCUAAAGGAAAUAUUUGAAAGCCAAACUUGGAAAUCGAUAUAUUCGGGAAUAAUCAAACUGGUUUUUGAGGAAAAUGGCCUUGAAACUGUUAUUAUCAAUUAUUCUCAACGAUUGAAUAACCUUAACAAUACCAACGCCAGGUCUCCCAAAAGUGCAGUUUAUCCUUCUGCGAAUAGUAAGGACGCUCCGUACUCUUUACUGGAGCAAAAAUUACGAAGUGCAAUUGAAAUUCCUUCUGGAUAUGAAUAUGGUAAAGGUGACAAAAAGCCUGUUCUUCUAGUACCGGGAACUGGUUCUUACGGAGGAAACGGUUUCUAUACCAAUUACAUCAAAUUGCUUAAUCAAACAGAUUUUGCAGAUGUUGCUUGGUUGAAUAUUCCCAACUAUUUACUUGAAGAUUCCCAGCUGAAUGCCGAAUAUGUGGCCUACGGUGUCAAUUAUCUUUCUGGGAUUUCAGAAGGUAAGAAAGUAAGUGUGAUAUCUUGGUCUCAAGGUGGGCUCAUCACUCAAUGGGCAUUGAAAUAUUGGCCAUCUUUACGUGAAAAUAUGGGAGAGUUUAUUCCCGUGGCUGCUGACUUUCAUGGUACAAAAUUGGCCCCGGCUAUUUGUCCGUCAUUUCCCAAGUUGUCAUGUGCUCCUUCAGUUCUUCAACAAGAAUAUAAUUCCAACUAUGUUCGUACUCUCCGAGAAAAUGAUGGAGAUUCUGCCUAUGUUCCAACAACCUCGCUCUUUUCUGGAUUUGAUGAGAUUGUGCAACCUCAAUCUAAAAAUGCUUCUGCUGCUCUCAAGGAUGCUAGAAAUGUUGGGGUAGGAAACUACCAGUUCCAAAACCUUUGUCCAAACAACACUGCAGGAAGAUAUUAUACUCACGAAGGGUCCCUUUAUAAUCCUGUUGGCUAUGCUUUAGCGGCUGAUGCUUUGAAGCAUGGUGGAGUGGGAGACCCAAGCAGAAUUGAUCUUGAACAUUUAUGUACCUUACCAUUUCCUGAAGAAUUAGACUAUGCUGAUGUUUUAACCACAGAGGUCGAGUUGUUGUAUUGUGGGUUCAACAUAAUUUUCGGAAAAGGCAAAGUGAAGGAAGAACCUAGAAUUAGAGACUACGCAAAAUAA